AUGUGCAAUGCAGAAGGCGAGGGGUGCGAGGCCGAUGUGACGCGAGCCGUGGUGGUCGACGAGGAGCGGCACCAGCUCCGAGCUCGGCCAGCAGCAGCAGCAGCAGCAGCAGCGGCAGGCGACGAGGGCGGACCGACGGCGGCGGCAGUAGUGGCAGAUCUGGAUGAAGACCUUCUUCAAGAGGAGGCAACCAGCAGCGGCUCCCUGCUGUCGGUGGAUACGCUAGAGCAGGCCAAGCUGCUGCUGUCGGGCGGCGUGGCGGGCGCCUUUAGCAAGUCGUGCACAGCGCCUCUGGCCCGCCUGACCAUUCUGUACCAGGUCAACGGCAUGCAGACGGCGGCGGCCGGCAGCGGCGGCAGCCUGCUCAUGCGGCUGGGCGUGGGCGCGGCGCUACGGCACGUGGCCCGCACCGAGGGCCUGGCCGCACUGUGGAAAGGCAACGGCGUGACAAUCAUCCACCGCCUGCCCUACUCUGCCACCAAUUUCUGGGUGUACGAGCACGUGAACGAGCUGUGGAAGCGCCACAUACCCAGCCAGGGCGCGUGGGCGGCGGGCGACGUGGCGCGGCGCCUGGUGGCCGGCGGAGUGGCGGGCAUGUCGGCGUGCGCGCUGGCAUACCCACUCGACCUGGUGCGCACGCGGCUGGCGGCGCAGACCACCCGCAGCUAUUACACGGGGAUCGGCCACGCCCUGCGCACGAUUGUGGCGGACGAGGGGGCACGGGGGCUGUACCGCGGCCUGGGUCCCACGCUGCUGCAGGUGGCGCCCAGCCUGGCCAUCAACUAUGCGGCAUACGAGACGAUGAGGUCCGCCUGGCUGGCGCAGACAGACCUGCCCACGCCCACGGUGCCCAUGAGCCUGGCCUGCGGCUCCGCGGCAGGCUUGGUCUCCUCCACCGCCACCUUCCCGCUCGACCUCGUGCGCCGGCGGCUGCAGCUGCGUGGCCAGGGCGGCGCCGGCGGCGGCGGGCCGCAGCAGCCAGCCACCUUCCGUGGCACAUUCAGCGCCGUGUUGCAGCGGGAGGGCGUGCGGGGCCUGUAUUCAGGCAUCCUGCCAGAGUAUUACAAGGUGGUGCCGGGCGUGGCCAUCGCCUUCUGCACCUACGAGCUCAUGAAGAAGAUGCUCGGGGUGCAGACAAACGCCACCCAGCGCUGA